AUGGUCUCAAAAUCGAAAACCGCUACCAAAAAUUCAUCAAUUCCACCUUCUACUCAUAACAUGGUCACACGAAGUCAAGCUAAGCAGUUUAAUGGAAAAUUGGAGGUAGAACCGUCUAAGGUGUUGGAUUCAAACUCAACGUCAACUUCCAAAGAGGAAGAAAUAAUGGAUUGGGAUUUGGAAGAUGAAAUGGAAGAACAACCUGAAUGGAGACCACCGGCAAGGAAGAAGAGAGUGGUCCCGGAGUCAGAGGAUGACGACGAAGAUGAGGAAGAUUAA